AUGCUUGCAGACAGUACCUUGGCUUUUCCCCAACAACUCCUCAAGCUCGGCAAUACUUUUGUCAGUAAGGACUCUGCCCCAUCAUGUCCGGUGGAUAGCCCCAUAUCGUGCUCUAUCAGUAAUGCUGAUGCUCAGAACUCAUGCUGCUACGAGUCUCCAGGAGGAAUUCUUCUCCAGACUCAAUUCUGGGACUACAGCCCAGCUGUGGGUGCCGAUGAUGCCUUCACCUUGCACGGGCUUUGGCCCGAUAACUGUGACGGUACCUACGCUCAGUUUUGCGACAGCUCGCUCAAUCUUAAGGGAGACGUCAAGUCCAUCAUAGUGGAUCAGUACAAGGACCAGGCAUUGUACGAUCUGAUGGUGGCCAAUUGGAAGAACUACAAUGGCAAUGACGAGUCGCUCUGGGAACACGAAUACAACAAGCACGGGACUUGCAUCAGAACCUUGAACCCUAAGUGUCUAGGAGAUGCUGCCUCCAACCAGAACAUCUACCAGUUCUACAAAAUCACCGAGGCAUUGUACUCCAAGUUGCCCACCUACAAGUUCUUGACUGAUGCAGGCAUCCACCCGGAUCCAAGUGCUACCUACACCAAGAAACAGAUCGCCGAUGCCCUUUCGGCAGGUUUCGGUGGCAAGAACGUUUACUUCAAGUGUGACAACAAAAAUGCCCUUCAAGAAGUGUGGUACUUCCACCACUUGAGAGGAUCAAUUCUCGGUGAAGACUUCAUCCAGAUCGACAGUCUCCAAGGUUCCAGAUGUCCAGAUUCCGGUAUCAAGUGGAUUCCAAAGUCCAAGUCCAAUCCUGGUGACGGUGGUAAUCCUUCGAACCCUUCAAAUCCAAACCCUCCUCUGGAUGCCGUGGCUUCAGGCUAUCUUAAGCUCACCAACAACCCUGGAUGUCUCAUCAGUGCUGGUAACUGGUAUUCCACCGGAACUUGUGCCACCUAUAGGGUUCAAGAGUCUCAGUUUGGUGGUUACAACUUGAAGACUUCCAAGGGCUUCUGUGGCUUCGACCAAAACAAUGAUUUCGCCUGUGGGAGCCAGUACCAGGCCAGUAAGUACCAAUUCCAGUACGAUUCGUCCAGUGGACAAAUCUCGUACGGUGGGAAGUCCGACUGGUGUUACGACAAGCGUAACUCCCAUGGCGGUGGUAACCAGCUUCAAAUUCCUGUCAAGUUAGAUGAUGGCAAUUGUGGGACCACCUUUAAGCUCUACAUCAAGUGA